ACUGCAAUGUAUAUGAAAGUACGCUGAGCGGCUCGGUUUGUCUUGCUUGUUGCAGCUUGGUUAUACCGCACGUUUGCGGUACGCUAGUCGUGCUACGAUUAUUGAGAUCGAACUGGUGUAUGGACUAGUGAGCAACAUGGCGGCUGAGGAGAGAGGCUUUCAUGCAGUGUUUGUUGAAACUGUCGCUGAUAGAUAUUUGUGCCCCAUUUGCUUUCUAGUUUUACGAGAACCUAAACUCACAGAUUGUGGCCAUCACUUUUGUACAAAUUGUUUUGCAGACUUGCCGCUAGAACCAGCGGUACCUGCACGGGUCGAGUGUUACACUUCUUGCCCUUCGUGUAGGGCGCGGUUGACGAAAUCGGAGAUUUUUCCCAACAAUGCGCUGAAACGAGAGAUACUGGAUUUGAUGAUCAAAUGUGAUCGACGUGAGAAAGGUUGUGAAUGGGUUGGGGAGUUGAGAAACAGAGAGACUCAUGAGAAGGAAUGUGAAUAUGUUGAAGAAACGUGUGAAAACAAGUGUGGAAUAAUGGUGAUACGAAAGGAAAUGAAAAAUCACAAGGAAAGACUGUGUGGAAGGAGAGUCACUAGUUGUGAUUAUUGCAGUGCCAGAAUGGAAUGGAUGGAUCUUGCAGCUCAUCACCUGACAUGUCUCCUGUAUCCUGUUGGCUGCGUCUACUCUUGUGGGCAAACGUUGGCAAGGGGUCAGAUGGAAGAUCACACUGGCAGGCAAGGAAAUUGUCCAAACAGUAUUCUUAGUUGUGAUUUUAGAGAUAAUGGGUGUCAGUUUGAAGGAAAACGUCAUAACUGUUAA